AUGAUGGGGGAUAGCGCAGAUCGUUACGCGUCUGGUCGGCGAGAUUCCGGUGCAUUGUCCACGCUGGUCAUGAUUUGGACAAACACGGUCGACCGCCAUCUCCUUAGCGUCACGAUGUCAUCAUCACCUCUGCUUCUGCUAAUUUCUGAUUCCAUUCACCUCAGCUCAACUUCUAGAAAUAUUUGGACUAUCCACAGUCAAUCCGUCGGACUCAUCAACUAUCUGCAGACUGUUCAACGCAAUCCCAACAAUCAAUUGGCGAAAAAGUGUGUCAGAGAAAGGAGUGCGUGUAAAGGAGAUAAUCAUUUCUUGUUCUGGUUACGCGAGCCGCUCCCGACGAUGAACUUUAUGGGUGGUCUUCCGGUGGUCCCAGGCGUCAUGGGCAGUCUUCCUGGCGCCGGAUCGUGUCUUCCGCGUGGAUCGCCUCUCGUCCGAGACAAGUCACCGAGUUUCUUCCAGAAUAUUCUGAGAAAUAUUCCUGGAGCUCACGAUUAUCUAGCCAGCUUGCUACCGUCACCCAAAGUGGACAGCCAAGCGCUUUAUGGCAAGUACCACUGGUUCAACCGACUGCUCACGCUGGAAAUUCUUCCUCAUUCAGUAUACAAGAAAAAUUUCGAACGCAAAGCGAGGAUGGAGGGGAGAAGAUCAGCUAGCAUUCACUACACCGACUGGUCAAAGUGUCGGCCGGCAACGCCAGUCAGUUAUAUCCAGAACGUCCUUACCGAACUGUUCGGGUGA